GACACGCACACCUCCAUCGACCUCUUCAGGCAAGGCUGGAAGUCCGUGUACGUCAACUUUCCGAACGAGAGACUAGCAUGCUGCACGCUUCCUCCUGAUACCGUCAAAUGGCGUUGGAAGCAAGUCCUUAGGUGGCACCAAGGGGCGGUUCAGCUCGCGAUGUGGAAGGGCUGGGGGUAUGCCGUCUUUGGAGACAAUUGGGGCACAACCUUCCAAAAGGCAAGUUUUUGCGUUUGAUGCCGUGAGCUACUUCUUGCAAGCCUUCGCCGGGGAGAUUCUGCUCAUCUUUCCCAUCGUCUACGGCUUCACAAACUCGGCGCCCUUCAACACAUGGAACAUCGAAUUCGCCCUGUACUUCUUCCCCUUUAUUAUCACGGGGGUGCUCCCAACCGUUGCUGCGCUUGGCUGGCAGAAGACACCGUCCGCAAAGGUGAUGCGAGACGAACAGAUCUGGUUCGCUACGUCCUUCGUUCAAAUCUACGCCGUGAUGCACGCGGUUUGGGGCACCAUCACUCGGAAGGACCCGUCCAACGCCUGGGAGUGUAAAUGCCCCGUGUGGCCACUGUACCUCCACUUCGUCGCCAUCACCACCGCCGUAUGCUUUAACACAGCCGACUGGGCAGCGCGCAGCUACGAGAAGCCAUGGGUGUGGGUAAGCUGCAUCGGCUCGGCCCUGUUUGCCCUGCACUCCCUGUGGCCCGUGGUGUCCUUUGGGCUCGGGGUUACGAUGCCCGAGGCCUUCUAUACCAGAGUGUUUGGAAUGCUGGUCGUCAUGACCCUAGUCAGCCUGUGGCUUCUUGGAGAGAGUGGUUGAGCGCUUUCGUCUUUUGUCGGAAAACCAGGCCCGUAGACCUCUUGAAGGGGACGGAAGGGGCCAAAGAGUUGUGACUUGAAAAUAUUCCUAAGGGUUCACGAAAGCUUAAGCUUCACCCCCUCCAUGAGCUGUGCCGCCCAUCUAGAAUAACUGGUGCGUCCUUUUAGUAAGCCCUGGACCUUGCGAGGUUUGGGAAAAACACCAUAGUUUUGUGCUCCCGUAAGUGCUAGCUGUCGCAAGAUCGAGGUUAUGUGGAUUUUUUUCAAGUCGUUGUUGUUGGGGCGUGUGUUGUCAUAAUCAAUGGUCAUCAACCUUCCGCGUCGACCUGGAGAUAAGAUUGCCUUCCAACAGCACGGAUGAGAUGCGACAAAUGUUUCAUCACAACCUUGUGCUUGAGUUUUGUUAUAGAAUAAAUAGUGGCGGGAAUUGUGCUGGUGCGAGCAAUGGACAGGUGUAUCAUUGUGGGGUUUACAUUUUUUACUUUGUCCUGGGUUAGCAAAAUAUUGUCCAACACAGAGAGAUCUUUCCCCCGGAAGUAGAAUUUGACUCACAGUAGGAGAUUAUCCGAAAACGGUUUUGUUCGGAAGAUCCCGCGCCGAGACCCUCUACAUAAAUAUUGGUGAAUGUUGUAGGCGUUACGCUUGAGAACUGUGAGGUGAAAUAGCCUGUUUUGCUUUUCUGGGCCCUUCCUGGGUGUAAUAAUUUAAGUAUUUUAGUACUCUGUCUAACGAGAAUCAUUGAAUGAAAGUGUUGGAUUUGGGUGAGGCCUCCUGCGUCGGCCUGUGGUCCCGCCCAUGCUUCAUUGCCUCCGUUGAGUACCAGAAUUUUGACCACGAAAUGGCCGUCGCAGACCGACUUAACAUUCUCAACACUGCUAACCUCGGGAAUGGUGCAAAUAGGGCAUUUUUGACCUGCUCACGCGGCGAAGUCCUGCUGGAACGCCGGAGACAGAGGCAGCUCGCUAGCAUCUGCGUAACUCUGGCCUCGUUCCCUCUUGCUACCUCUUGCCGUAGCGCUAGUGGUGGCACGAACAUUCUUUGUAUCUCGCCACCGACUCAGUCUUUCAACCUCCGAUCUUCAUGAUAUCGUCAACCGCUGUCCCUGCAAAGGACUUGCUAAGCGAACCCCCUACCCGAAACGAAUGCGUUGUGAACAGGACGGGCAGGCUCGCCACCCGUGUUGACAAUAUUGACCAAAUAGUAACCAAUUUUCGUUGGUCGGCCGGAUAGCGCAGUUGUAGUUUCCGAUGCACACAAACAAACAAACGAGAUCGGGUCAUCCCGCCCCCAAUCCGAUGGGUUUGCAUCCAGUCUUGGGGGUUCAUCCUAGCCGUUGGGCGUUCGGUUCUUAGUGGAAGGGUAGGAUUCUUGGUGACCCCAUGAUGGGGCAUCCUAACCCAAACUUCCGUAGCAAAAAACGAAUGCUGGAAAACGAGUUGCAUGAAGCGGCAAAAGCUUCAAUCAGGGGAAGUGGUUCGCUGAUGUGAUUUUCCUCUCGAGGGAGCGUUCGUUAUGGUCUUAAGAGGUCUCAGUGCUCCUACAAGCAGUGUACCGAGAAUCUCUUGGAGAACUAGCACGAUUGCCUGAGGCAAGCUGCGCUCCCAAUCAAACACCAGACCCCAUUCAACCGCACCAGACGCAUCACUCAGUACAUAACGCCCUAAGGAACACUCACCCUGGCAACACAGGCAGGCGCGACAUGACAAAGAUCCAUAAAGCAAAGGUCUAGGGAAGACAUGAAGGCGGACAUUUAUUGUCUCCCCAACACCGCGAAGGAAGGCAAUUCCAAUUUAGCGAAGCGGGUCCAUACACCGAACAUCCCCGCCCAUUUUCCUGGCAAGCCAAGCUCGUAGAAAACACCACCGUGAACAGACCGACAGACAACCACCGUGCAGGCACUUCCUUUUUUACGUACAAUAUUCUGUAGACGAUACUCCAUCCACAAUUUACUUCGCACGAAAUUCAACUGAUUCUGAUGACGCAAACGGUUCUUAAAGCCACAGACAAGCCAAGAUUCAAUUGCUUCUUGCUCUUGGUGCACACGCCAUGUACUUGUGCCCAAGUUGCCUCUACCUUUAGAGCACCGCACUCCUAACAGGGCGGAUCCCAACGGAAAACUUUCUCAAGUGAACACAAUCCUCCCACCCACCAACUGUGUGCUUUCACCAUCAAAGGCGUCUUGGCCUUGAUCAUUCCAACGCUUUUGACCACAGAGAAGACGCAAACAUUUGUAUGGUAAAGUAGGGAAACGUGUUUUUUUUACCCCCCCCCACCCUUGCGAGGUCAAUGGUCU